AUGCGUGCAUUGGAGACCGAGGUGUCGCGACUACGAGAAGCCUAUACGACCGAGAUCGCCGAUGUCACCGCCGCACUCCAGCAACACAAGACCAUGGUGCAUACGAUGCGCGAGGAAAAUGAGAUUUUGAAGGAGAUCCUCGGCGCCCACGGAAUCCAUUACGAAGCCGAGUUCGAGCGCCGCCGAGCGGAGCGCCCUCCCAUGACUGGCUACCAGUCUAGCCCCGUUACGGCGAGCACCACCGGCUCGCAUACUGCCGGUAUCACGCAAAACGGUAGCCAUCAAAAUACAACUCCGCCCACGACGAUCUCUACUGGUUUGAGCCCUCGUGCCAAUGGCGGGGUCGAGCGCCUUGAUGUUUCGCCGGGCAUGCCAUAUGCGCCGCAGCAGCAGGUGUACCAGAUCAGUCCCGGUGAACAGUCUGUGGGCCUAGAUCUCUCGGCGUCGGCAUGCCCGGAGCCUCCCGUGCCUGCUCUUCGCGGCGUCUUCGAGACUGACCCGCAGCUGCAGGUUGAUUUUAUCCUCACGUAUGUUCUUUUACCCCAAGCGCUGAAUUGCUGGCUGACCUUGUUGAAUGCACACAGACUGGAAAGUCCCUGCCGCGAACACACCGACUAUCUGUGCCGACGGUCCAUUACUGAAGCCGACGACGAAGACAUGCCGUUUUCAGGCCACGCCCUGAUGGCCACCUGCCCUCCACCGAGCUACAUUGCCAACACCACCGCGGAAACCCCGUAUCCACACAAGACGUACGACCUCCCACUCGCAAACCUCGGCACCCUCCUCAACCUCAGCCGCCAGCUCGUCACAGACGGCCAGAUCACCCCGAUCAUGGCGCUGCAAUGCCUCAAGAACCACGAGCUGUACUCCACCCUGAGUCGCGAGGAUGUCAAGAUUAUCAUUGAGACCCUCAAUACUAAAGUCCGCUGCUACGGCUUCGGCGCUGUCGUCGAGGACUUCGAGCUCAUGGAUUGCCUGAGCAGUGUGGUAGGCACCAAGGUCGACGUGGGGGUGUCAGGCGCUCACGACGACUCCAUGUAUGCCUGA